UUGUGUUCCUGUCUUAGCCAACAUGGCGGCAGGUGAGAGUCAAUAUUUUGUGAGAGAAAUUGAGAAAAACAACGGGUGUGCCUUAAAAGUGAAACAGUGCUACUUGGGAGACGUUGGCUGUGUUGUGUGGGAUGCAGCUAUUGUGCUUGCUAAGUAUUUAGAGACGAAGCAGUUUUACGAUCCGUCUUCAGGUACGAAUGUGUGGUCUGGUAGGACUCUACUCGAGUUAGGAGCUGGGACGGGAGUUGUUGGUCUGAUGGCAGCAACACUCGGAGCACAGGUAACAGUAACAGACUUGGAAGAUCUGCAGACCCUGUUGAAGGUAAACAUCCAAGAAAACCAGGAACUUAUCAGCAGUGGAUCCAUAACUGCCAAGGUACUGAAAUGGGGUGAAGAUGUGUCUGAAUUCUUGCCUCACCCGGAUUAUAUCCUUAUGGCAGAUUGCAUCUAUUAUGAGCAGUCAAUUGUUCCACUGGUGGAGAGCUUGAAGCUGCUUUCUGGACCAGAGACCUGCAUUAUUUGCUGCUAUGAGCAGCGCACCGAGGGUGUCAACCCAGAAGUGGAAAAGCAGUUUUUCGAGUUGCUUCAACAGAACUUCAGCUGUGAGAAGAUUCCUUCAGACAGACAAGACCCAGAGUUUAGCAGUCCAGACAUCCACAUUCUGCACAUUCGAAGAAAGGCCUAAUUUUCAGCCUCUUGAUUGUGAAAUAGAAACUUGAAAGCUGUACUGAGUUUGUGUAAGAUAUUAAAUUUAUUACCAAUUAUGCUUUUUAAA